AUGAGCAGGAGAUUAUCCUCAAGCACUGGGGAGACAGAGUCUAGCACCCCACUGCCCUACGCUUCACCCCUCCUCACGUCGCCUUGGAAGGCGAGCACUCGUUUCGAGGAGUCAGACAACGAAGAAUCAGACGGCACGGAGCUAGUUCUCUUGGGUCAUAACAACUGCUCGCGCUUUCCAGCAAAAGGCGCGGUCAAAGUCGAAACCCCCAAGGCGCAAGCAGACACUUACUCUGCCUGGUCUUCAAUUAACCCCCCACCCGACUUCGAGACCAUAUUGAACGCUCGCGGUGAAGCAUAUCGCAAUUUGCCAAAGCUGAAGGGACUGCCCUUGUCAACAUCAGGUUCCCCCAACCAUUUUGUUUCCUUUGCUGCCCAGGCAGACGAUUGUUUCGCAAAUCUUGAGGGCAGCGAGCUCGCAGAGAAGGACCAUCAUAGGUCAUCAAAGGAACAGGCCGUGCGAUACCGCAAAGGAUCUCGACCUUCCGUACUAAAGCCCCAAGAAGACAACAUCCAAGACAAUAGCAUUCACAACGACAACGUUCACAGCAACGAAACCUCAUUCGUCCAGGUCACUUGGCUCCUACUUCUCACAUUCAACGCCGUGGUUAGGGGAACAUCUCGUCUUGUGCUCUUCUCAACCUUGGUGCCGCUUUUGUUUGUGAAGCGCACGGGCCUGUUUGUUCUUUGCGCUUUGUUCGAGGUCGUCGGAGUUUGGCUCUUGUUCGCAAGCCAGUGCUACAACAUACUGCUCCUCAUCGUCAGGAAGUUGACCCUCAUAGCAAGGAUCCAAUGCAUCAAGGGCCUUAUCUGGGCUCUAAAACUUUUGAAAUGGAGCAUAACAUUCAAAGCAGCGCUCCGAAGAGACGAGGGUCCCGCUGGUCACUCUACAGACCACCCAAAGUUGAUCAGCUCCACCGAGGACAAAGGUUCGUUACUCAGUCAUUCAACGGCAAGUCCCCAGGAUCUCCAGAACUCGUCAUCAACUGCAACAGCAAAGAGUUCCCGUUCCUCACUAUCCUCUCGCUUUGGUAGGAAAGCGAUGGACCACGACGUAGGCCCUUCAACCGAAGCUACUGAGCCUACGCCUACAUGUGAAGAAGCACCGCCACCGCUUCCGAUCAAUCCCCGGUUUGUUUCAACGGCAAUGCCUUCGGCGUAUUGGGCUGGGCGCUUUACGUCUCUCCAUGACCGGUUCCACAACGAGAUACUAGGACCUCGUAACCUCAAUUUGAUUAUUGAGGCGCAUGCAUUCCUAUCCACGACGUCUAGUGAUCUUAACAACUCGACAACCACCCCCUCGCCCCCUGCAUCGGCAUUCAACAACCCUUCUACCUCCGUAUACGCCUCUAGCCGUAUCGUGCCCAUUCGGGAUCUCAGCUUCUACACUCCUGCAAUGAUGCACCCCAAUGCUGACCAACUCGGGCUCAAGACGACUGAGAAUAGACACAUACCUCACUAUAUAAGAUGCAUACCCCAUUCAGCCACCACCAAUGCUAUUAUGCAGAGUUCGAGAAAGUCUAGCACCUACGUCAGUGAACGGAACCCUGCAGUAUACAAGACAGUGCAGCACGAGGAGACGUACAAUCCAAAGGUUCCAUCCCCUUCUAUGAUCCCUACUCGCGUCAUCCCCAGGUCCGAAUCCUCGAGGAUUCUUCCUCGGCGGCCCCUGCCGGAACCUCCCGUAUCCGAGUCCUCAAGGGUCCUACCCCGACGGCCCUUGCCAGAAACUUCAUUCUCCGAGUCUCCGAGUGACAUUCAUAUUUACCCACAGGAGAGCCAGAAUAGCAACAACCCACCGACGAAAUACAAUAACUGCUCGUCGACAAGCUUCCGAAUGAAGAACACCGAUCGUCCGAACAGGAUUAUGAGCGAAUCCCGGGCGCAGGCACAAAGGGAGAGGGAAGCCAUGCUUCGAAGAGUGACAGUCGCGGAUGCGACUGCUCUUACGGAUGACGACAACAGAUGUCGUCGCGUUUUCGUUCAUCUCGAGGCAUGCUGUGUCACGGAUGAGGCACGCAACUCGCUGUAUGCUUGGCAACAGGACUAUGCGAGAAGAACCCAGCGAGAGGUGCUGCUUCCAAAGGGUGGUACCAUGCAUGGUCCACGUGGCUUCAAAAGCAGCGUCUUUGGCAGGAGUUUGUUUGGGAGUCGACGGAGCAGGGGGUCUUUGCCUUCUGGUCCAGGUGGAGGUAGCAUCACGACUGGCCUCAAUGUGGACCUUGGACAACCUCAAAGUGAGGUCCGGCCCUCGAAGACGGAGCGAUCACUGCUCCAGGUGCCAAGGAGAGUGUUUACCCAUGGAAAAUCAGCCAGUAUGAAGGUUGAUAGCAUGGAGCCGAGCUCGUAUGGUCAUCGACUUGAGAGACACGGGACGGUUCGCGGAGUUGAAGCAGACAACGAGGUCAGGAAGGAACGGUAUCAGCAUCGUAUGAGCCUUGCGUGAGCAUACGUCAACGUUUAUUUGCAGAUGGUGGAUGUUCUUGGCGAUGAAUGGACGAUGGAACGGAUUUAUGAGCUGUACUAUUAUUGCAUGUGUAUUAUUGGCUUGAAAGAUAGAGCAAGCAUUACGGCCUCCUUUUGGAGUGAUGGAAGAGACUACAGAACAAGAGCAUAGUCAUUUCGCUCUAGAUAUUCAUGGUAACAGGCAUGGUCGGACUUCUCUAUAGAGUAUUUUCUCGGUUUCCGACCUCAUCUUACCGCUUCACAUACCCAGGGUAAGAGGCAAAGGUCCGGCGUUGUAGAGGGCAGUUCUGGCAUUCAUUGAUGCCUUGAACCUCAUAAUGGUAACGCAAAUAAAUGGUAGUUAGUCUUGUAUUGACAUUUCUUUCAAUGAUC